CAGUAUGAAAGGGAAGCCUCUAGCUGGCAGUCACACAUCCAGAGCCUCGGAGGAGCCUCACUUACUCAAAAAAACCUACACACUGACUCAGGCCUGGGCACAGGGGUACAUUUGGCUGCCAAAUCCUAAUCAGUGCAACUCAGAGUGAGGCCUAGGUUUGCCAAACUCUCUAUUUUCGAAUACUGACAUGGAGCUCCACAGUGCCCAUAAAAUCUUCCACCCCACCCACCUGGGUGACGAGAAGCAACAGAUGCUUAACCUUAACCAACGCCUAGAGACUUACCUGAGCAGAGUCAAAGUACUGGAGGAGGAAAAUGCGCUGCUUGCAAAGGAGAUCCAAGUUAUGAGAUACAAUAAUCAGGGAGCUUUGACUCGAAGGAAGGGACUGGAGGAAGAACUGCGGCAGGCAAGGCUGGAGGUGGAUGCUGUUUGGAGGGACAGAGUCUUCACAGAGCUGGAAGUUAGCAAGUUGACUGAGGAGCUUCGCGACCUGCAUCUGCAGAGGCAGAGGGAGGCUCAGGCCCAAAUGAAGGCCAAGACAAAGAUGGAGCAAAGCAGAAAAGAGCUGGAGGAGGAACAGAGGGCACAGAUCUGGCUGAAGGAGAAGGUCAGGCAGCUGGAACAGGAGAUGCAACUUCUUAUUCAAACCCAUCAAGAAGAUGUGGUCCAUUUGGAGGCCGCAUUGACCCAUUCCUCAGCCACAAUGCCUCACACACUGGCUCAAAGGGACAACCAGGCGGCAAACCUCCGCCAGUUGGAACAUGAGUACUCCCAGAAAGCCACCAGAGCAUGGCAGGAAGCAGCAGAAGCCUAUCAGGGCCAGCUGGAUCAACUAGAGGAGUCUCUUAACCAAGCCAGGAGCCGUUUGACCCAUGUGAGCCAGGAGAAGUGGGAGAGCCAGUUGAAGCUCCAGGCCUUGGAGAAGGAGAUCACCUCAGCUCAGGAUGUCAGGCUGCAUCUGGAGAAGACUGCUGCCCAACAGAGAGAGAGACACAGCCAGGAUAUCCAGCAGCUCCAGGAGCACUUACAGGACCUGGAGGUGGAGAAAGAGGAAUUGGGCCAGGAAAUUGAUCACCUCCUCUUGGAGAACCAAGGCCUGCUGCAGCUGAAGAUGUCUCUGGGCCUGGAAGUAGCAACAUACAGAGCUUUGCUGGACAGUGAAAGUUUCAGGGGAGAUGGCUCUUUGUUAAAUCAGCCAAGACACGUUUCCAUCACAGAUGCAGUGUUCCACUCCCAGGGGGUUAAAAAGAAUUACCAGACCCAGCUGCCAGCUCGCCUCAAGACCACAUCCCUCUCAUCUGUCUAUGGCUUAACAGGAAAGACAGUGGUCACUGCAACACCGGGCUGGAGUAGGAAACCUGUUACUUUGACUGACACUCAGAAGAUUUCAAGAAAACCUACCGAAGUAGAUGCAAAGUCAGCAACACUGGACAUUUCAUAUCCAAAAAUACUAUGUGAUGGAGCGGUUGAAAGUUUCAGACCACAGGAAGUUAAUGAAAAAGUCACAUAUGCUGCGCCUUUGUCACCUACUAAUGAGCAAGAAGCAUCAGGGGACAAAGAAGGAGAGGGGGGUUGUAUUAAUGCUGAUGUUGAACCUCCUGAGGAACAAACAGUUGUUGAGUCAGUGAUCAGUUAUCAGGUUAAGUCUGGCCUCAGGAGUGAGCCAUCAUUCCACGAUAGAAUGACAGGACGGGAUGAAUCUGAUAAGGAUGAGACUUAUGAUGGGGAAGCUGAAAAACAAGAUGUGCUGCAGCUACCUGCUCUAGUUGAUACAUAUGUAAUAGAUGAGUGUAUUAGCAAAGAAACAGACCAAGAGCAAGGAGAGUCCUCAGAUUCUGAAACAGAAGCAGUGCUCAAAAAAACUUCCGAAUCUAGGCCAAGCAGUCCCGAAUCUGAAUGUGAACCUGAGGAAAGUGCGAUUAACCAAGAGACAGGUUACCACCUUGAUGCAGCUGUAAGACAAGGUAAAAGCUGCCCAGUGGCAGGAACACACGACACAGAUGUUGAGGAGAUGUUAUACCCAGAUGGAGAAGAGAUGGAUACGUGGGAUAGUGUAAUAGAAAAGAAGGUUGAUCUAAAGACAGAUGAAGGAAUAGAAAAUGAUGAUGAGAAAAGACAGCAUGCUGAACCAGAGGAUGACAUAUCAGCAAAAGAACCAGAUUAUGUAAAGCGAGAAAUUAGUCUGGAUGUGGUUAGAGAUGACGAUGUAGUCUCUACACUGAUGAUCACACAAGAAGAUGACAGAGCGCGAAGUCCAAUAGAUCAGGAGAAUGCACCACAAUCUGACAAAGACGAAGAUGAUGAAGAGGACUCUCAAAAUGUCUCUGUGUCAUGGAGGACGGAGCUGGAGGGUGACAGCUACGCUCAGGAUAACACUCUGGCUGACACUCGUCCUCUGAUUCGAUACAAAAGUGAUGAGACUGACGGCAACACUCAUGCAUCACACAUAGACGAGAGCGAGUCUAGCGAAGGUGAACAGGAAAAAAAGGUCGGCGAGACGGAAGCAUUGAGUGAAGGCAAGUCAAAGAGAUUUGGAACAAUGGAAGACCUGUGCGAAGAUGUUGAGGAGGAAACAGUGGAUGAGGAUAUUGAUCUAGGAUAUACUCACAUUAAAGAGAGGGAUGUGGGCCAAGGUGCAAUUGCAAAUGAGAUCACAGAAAGCGAAGAAGAAAUGGACAAAGUCAGUGAGGGACAUUCAGAUGAAGAAGUCGAAGAACUUGCUAAACGCGUGGUAAGCACAAAUGAAGGAUAUGACGAGGAACUGGAUACAGACAGACUGGUGGAACAAGAAUUAGAAAAUCUGUCCACAGACAGCUAUAGUGCUCACUUUGCACAGCAACAGGUCAGUGACGAGGUUGACCAGAAGUAUGUCGGAGAAAUGACAGAGCAAGUAGAACAGAUUGAAAUAGCGAAACCAGAGGAUAUGUCUCCCUGUGAGGCUGGAGAGAACCAAGAAUCUCCCACUACAGUUAUUGAACAGACGUCUGAGAAACUAGUUUUCAUUGAUUCAUCAUUGGCCACGCCUGAAACAGACACCAUGGCAGAGGAGGACAUUGAGCGUAAAGAUGAGGAAGAUGUAGAAACAACACAGAAAAGAGAAGAAGAGGAUGAACACAAUGUGUCUCUUGUGACACAUGCGGACGUAACAGAGGAUCUGUAUGGUGUCAGUGACUGCAUCAGCAGGUCUUAUAUGGAAGAAGACAACAACUCAGAAGAUAUAAACUCUGUGUCACUGACAAAGGCAGGUCAAGAGAAUCUGCAGGAUGAGGCUGAUCCCACCAAGGAGAUAGAGGAUGAAACAUCUACUGAAACAUCUAACGAGCCUCAAGAACAUCUAGUUGUGGAUGUUGCAGACUCUCAGGAGCUUCCUGAAGCUCCAGAAACAACUGAGUGGGAAGUCCUAGAGAACCCAAGAGAGGACUUUGAAACCAGGGAUCAGAAUGAACAUGAUCAAAAAUGUGACAAUGUUUCUAAAUCAGCUCAUGAAGAUAUGAUGACACGCCAAGAAGAGUCCCUGGAGAUUUCCCCCGACACUACACAUGCUGAAAAAGAAAUCUAUUUUGUGAAAGAUUCAACAGAUAAUGCCCUCCAUGGUUUCUUCUCCUCUGGUGUAACGAAUGACUUCUGGGGGUCCUCCUGGGAGAGUGGGGCAACCAAUCAGAUUGAUGAUGCCUGUAAUGAAGUAGCUGAGCAAGCCAAUCAGAAUUUAGGAUUUACUGAAAAACUUGUUUGGGGAAAUUUGGAACACCCAAAUGUGGUUAACGGAAAGUCUAGGGUUCACACCGACUCAUCUGAAGCCCCAGCUGCAGAGAAAGAGCAAGAAGAAAUGCACAUGGAGGUGAAGCAUGUGUUGUGCAGAAAGGUUGUUGAAGGGGAAUAUGUUCAUUCUGAGGAGUCUGAAGCUGAGGGAGAGCUGUGGUCAUCUGGGGAGGAACAGGCAUAGAAUGUAGUGAGGAGAUAGGUUUAAACUGUUUUUUUUAAUGAUAGUCAGGUUGUGUUUUCUGUAUAAUUCAUUAAAUAUGAAAACCAAAUCCGUGCCUUGGUGCUCUCCUUGGCGACGCUGUCUAUCAAUGUGCCAAUGCUCUCUAUAAAGACACUGAGAACUUGUCUUGUUCGAACUGACACAUUUGACUUACACUGUCUUUGCUAAUGGUCCAAAAUUUCAGUCUUUUAGUGUGCAUGUGACAGAAGAUCAGGAGAUUGUGCAUGAGGGAACAGCAUGAACAAAGAAUGUCAUUUGAAAGUCAAAGCAUUUAUUGAUCUUUGCCUAAUCUGAUUUUUGUGACUGAUGGAAAACAAUGAGACCAGAAGGGUAGAAUUCCUUAUCUAUUUAUUAGUGCAUCAAACCAACAGCUAGUGUUUCUGCAAGUGACUUGUUUCAUUUCGCCGGACAACUACUGACUCAUCUUUGAAUGUUUUACAAAUGUAGAAUAGGUGAUGGUGGUCAUAAAUCAGUUCAGAUAAGCAAACUGUUAGGGUUAUAUUUGGGCAGUCUGUGAGAACACAGGUUUAUUUCUGAAAGUUUAAUUCUACUAUGGUACAUAAAGUUCAAAAUAAAAUGUAGAUUCAGAAUAAA